UUUCUUUGUUGAGCUGCGUAGCUGUCACUCACUUCAUCUCUUCUCAGACUCAUCACGUUGCUCUAGAAUUGCAGCACUCACCUCCGAUCCGGCCCACGCCUUUCGAUCAGCGCAGCGUGUUUGGCUCUCACAAUCAAUCCCAGCUCCGUUGUUCUGAUCUAUGAGGUGAAGCAAGCACGUGAUGGCUGACUUACCACGAUAUAUGCGUCUCUGCUUGCAAUCUGGAAAACUUGCUUUCGUGGCAAUUUUGGUAUCUGGAGGGAUUGUAUUGCAAAUUUUGGCAUGUGCGUUGUUCAAUAACUGGUGGCCGAUGCUAACUGUAAUAAUGUAUGUGAUUCUUCCCAUGCCAUUGAUGUUCUUUGUGGGAUCAGAUCUUUCUAUUUUCCAGGCAUCUGAUAAUGUCUGGGUUAACGUAACCAAGUUCUUGACUGGAGCUUCAGCCAUUGGAAGCAUUGCAAUACCAGCCAUCUUAUUACACGCUGGCGUUAUUGGUUGGGGUGCCCUGGCCUUGGAGCUCUCAUCCUUUUUCGUAUUUGUACUUGCCAUAAUGUGUUACAUUCGAACAGGCGAUGACAACAGCUACAGUUCUAUCUGAGGUACGCCUCUCUACAAGAUUAUCAGAUUACUGUAAAGAUGCAUAGGUUGCAAUAGGAAUAUAGGGAGGUUGUAUCUGUUUGUGUGCGAUGAUCACCACUAUCAGCUUGUUAUAGUUUCAGAAAACUCUCUGGGUGUGAUUCUUUGUCCAUGUAUUUGAGUGGGGUUUUGAAUAUUAUACGUUUCGACCCCCCAUAACAAACUCGAGGUCGAUUGUAUUGACAUAAAAUGCCUUUCUGGUUAUAUUUUUUUAGCACAAA